AUGAGCGCUCUUUCAAAUCUUGAGGAGCUUUACCUAUGGGGCAAUACUCUUAGCGGAAGUAUUCCGGAUUCUAUCUCAAAUGCUUCUAAGCUCAGAAUAUUAGAAUUGGAACUAAACUUAUUCUCUGGCCUUAUUCCAAAUGCACUCGGCAAUUUGAAAUCCCUUGAGAUAUUGAGUCUUUGGUCUAAUAAUUUGACCACCAAAACUUCAAUUCAUGAGUCGAGCUUUUUCAAAUCCUUGGAAAAUUGCAGUUACCUGAGAUUUUUACUUCUAUCAUCCAACCCAUUAAACUGCGUUCUUCCAACUUCACUCUCAAACCUCUCCAAAUCACUUGAAGAAUUUAAGAACAAUAGGAAGGUUAAAAAAAUCCAACUUUUGGAUUUUACUGGAAAUAAGCUACAAGGCCCUAUCCCACAUGAACUUUGUGGCCUAAAGAGAUUAUACGGGUUAUCAUUAGCUGCUAAUGAGCUUGAUGGACCUUUACCCGCAUGUUUGGGUGAUUUGAUUUCUCUGAGAAAGGUAGAUCUAUCCUCCAACAAAUUGCAUUCAUCAAUACCUUUUAGUUUUUGGAGCUUGAAAGAUAUCUUAGAAGUAAACUUGUCAUCAAACCAUUUUAAUGGUUCACUUCCGUUUGACAUCGGAAAAUUGAAGGUAAUUACAAAUUUGGAUUUGUCAAGAAAUUUUUUCUCAAGUGAUAUCCCUCCCACUUUUGGAAGUCUCCAAGAUUUACAAGUUUUACUUCUUUCUCACAAUAGAUUGCAAGGUCCUAUUCCUGAAUCAUUGGAUGACAUGCUAAGUUUGAAAGUGUUGGAUUUAUCUAAUAACAACAUCUCUGGAUUCAUUCCCAAAUCUUUGGAAAGACUUUCCUAUCUAAAAAUUUUUGAUGUGUCUUUCAAUAUACUAGAAGGUGAAAUCCCAAAUAGCGGAUGUUUUGUGAACUUCACAGCGAAAUCAUUCAUGAACAAUUAUGCACUGUGUGGCUCACCUAGAUUACAGGUCCAACCUUGCAAGAAUAACAUUCCUCGACAAAACAACAAGGCCCUUCUGAAUGCUUUCAAAUAUAUUAUCCCAGUAUUUGGUUCUGUUAUCAUUGUUGUAGCUCUCAUAAUUGUCUACAAAAAAUGGAAAAACAAGAGUACAAGUUUGGCAAUUGUUGAAGAUCCGGAAGUUUUGGCUCUGUAUACAAAGGAAUACUUGCAGAAGGGACAGAAGUCGCAGUCAAGGUUUUCAACUCGGAUUUAG